AUGCACGCAACCAGCGCCCGGCCCGACCCCUCCUUUUCGCUGCUGCUGUCGCUGCCCCGAGAGCUGCGCGACCGCAUCUAUGCCUAUGCCCUCGUAUCCAAGGCGCCCUUCUGGUGGCCCGGCACCUCGCCCCAGUCGCCCCCCACCGACCGCCGCAAUGCCGGCGUCGCCCUGCUGCGCACCAGCAAGCGCGUCUACAACGAGGCCGUCGACAUCCUCUACGCCCACAACAAGUUCCUCUUCACCCACCCGAGCGACUGCAACAUCUUCCGCGUCGUCGCCGCCCCCGCCUCGCUCAACAUCACCAGCCUCUACUUCCGCAUCAAGGAAAAGGACCUCAAGCUGUGGACCGCCUAUCUCGGCAGCAAGCAUGACGACAGGAGCCUCAAGAGCGAUUUCCCCAAGCUGAAGAACCUCUGGGUCUUUCUCAAGUGCGGAGCAAUGGGCCUGCCAGUCGCCUUUGCCGCACUGCAGCCUGGGCCUGCUGCUGCUGCUGCUGCUCCCCCUCCCAUCGGACAUCACCUGCACGCCCUUCACCACCAAAUCCAAAUGGCCCAGGGCGCCAACAAUGCUGGCGCCCAAGCCGCAGCCGCAGGAGGCGCCCAUGCUCAUCCGGGAGGGAACCAGCUUCCACCUCCCCCUCCGCCAGCGCCAGCAAUGCCUUUCUUGCAGUUUGCUCAAGGGGCUUUGGGACUAGGCGCCCAUCACGGACAGCACCACCACCACCACCCGCAAGUGACUCCCCACUUCUUGACACCCCAACACCCCCACGCCCACAUGCACCCACAAACCAAUCCCCCUCACCCGCCACUCUUUCAUGCCGUACAUCACUUUGGGUCAGCCCCUGAUCCACAAGCCUUGUCGGCGCUGCCCCCCACACACUCACACGAGACACACGCGGUAUACGCUGCUUUUCUGCGCUUUGAGCGAGAGCUGGGCGUUGAGUCGCUUUGCUUGAACCUGAGCGAUGUCCUUCGGCCCUCGCCGUCUUCGGCUCUAGACCUUGAAUCGUCAGCCAGCAGCAGCGGUUCAACAGGAGCAGAGCGCUUUGCCGGCCCCUUUCUCACCAAGCCCCAGACCGAGGCCAGGAUUAUAUGUAUCCUGCGCAUUCCACGACCAGAUUUGGAGCGCCUGGUUGCGCUCUACCCGGACGAGUUGAGCGUUGACGCUAGGACUCAGGACGCCAGGACGCGGUUCAGGAAACUGCAUGGUCUGGACGUGAGUUUGGAGUUGAAUGGAUACCCUGCUUUAGACCAUGACCACGAAGAGAGGGACUAG